CUGGCGGUAUUUCGCGUCGACAGUUCGCAGUGUGUGCGAAGAAGAGGUAUCGACACUAUCACGGUCGUAACCGCGCUCGUGGCAAACGCGGAUUUUACGAAAAUUUUGAUUUUUUCUCCGGGCUCACGAGUCAAAAUUCACAGAGUUUUCGAAAUUCGAACAGUCCGUCUAUCAUUUUUUUGCGACUGUGAUAGUCAGUUAUUGUUUAUUGGUUUGAAGUUGAAGCAAUUGCGAUAGUUCACGAAACCACGGGUUAAACAGAAAAAAAUACCAAGCUCAAACACUCACUUCGAGUAGCUUAUGUCAAAGCUUGAACAUCGUGCGCCUUUCACGUUAAUCUUUGGCAUACUUGUGGGAGAGCCAGAAGAAUCCGCGAGUGAGUGAGAGGACAGAACCCAAGACGAAAGAUAGCGAGAGAUAGUAGAACGAGACGACGAUAGUGCGCAAUACAGAUAGCUUCAGGGCUUUAUUGUAUAUAAAAUAUAAAAUAAACACACAAGGAAUAUCAUUUUUCCUCUUGUAUUGCUUGUUAUAUGCGAAACUUUUGUAUUGUGUCAUAAACGAACUACUUGUCAUAACGUAAACAACUUCGGACUUCUACGAUCGAAUUUUUAUUAUUAUAAUAUUAAUAACAGUAAAAAUAAAAAUCCAAGAGAAUGAAAAUUCAAAUAAUAACUAUAAAAAUAAAACAGUAAUAAAAAUCAACAUUAGUUCAAAAGAUAAAAAAUGAAUAAAAUUAUUUGAUGGAGAAUCCGAGGAGCUUUGCCUAAAAACAACAAACACUAAAAAACGACGACCGAUGUUUUGUUUUUCACGGUGAUUUUUUGUCCAACGUGUGCCGGUACCGUCAGACCAAAUCCUGACGAAGUAAAUACCGUCAGCGGAACAGACCAGAGGCCGAUGUACGUGAUAAGUGAUAAAUGAUCGUUCUUGAUCUGUCACGUCUGGUGCAAAAGUGCUAAGGAAAACGUUGUUUUUAGUGCUACUGGGCUAUUAAUGUCCGUUAAAGUGACGAGUGAAAAUAAACAGCGGGUAGCACAUAAUUGAAAACAAAGUUCAACUUGUUAGUGAUUUGAGAUUGUGAUCAGAAAGCGAUAAGCGAAGUAAAUUAAUUUGCCAGUGGCUAGUGAUAGUUUAAAUUAUGGCUGAAAUGGCUUUUCAACGGUGGUAGGACGGUGUACACUUCGGUCAAUUGUUUGCUCAAAUGUCCAGUUGAGCAGACAAUAUUUAAGACAGUGGCAUUAAACAGUAAAUGUCACAGACCCCAAACUCCGAAGGUAGCCCAUUAACGACAGGUAGUGAAGGGAGUCCAAACUCGCCACCAACUAGCAAAAUGUAUCCAUUCGUGUCAAACCACCCAACGACGCAUACCAGCUAUUCAACGAUGCCCGGAUUUUCCGGACUCGACGACAAAUCGUGCAGUAGUAGAUAUACCGAGAGUGUAAUGAACAGCUAUCCACCGAUGGGAGUCCCAGGAAGUGCCAGUAUCGCUCAGUUCUACCAGCAAGCGGCCGCUGUUUCGGCUGCAUCAGCCGGCGUCGGCGUAGAUUCGCUCGGUUCGGCUUGUUCGCAGCUUUCAUCAUCCGUCGGUGGAGGUCAGUCCGGACUUCCCGAUAUCACCCGCCAUCCCUGGCUAGUGACCGCAUCCCAGUCCGCGUUACAGAAAUUUGCCAGCACAGAUUGGAUGAGCAACCCUUUCGAUCGAGUAGUGUGUGGAGAUUUUGCCGGUCCGAACGGAUGCCCCCGUCGACGAGGUCGCCAGACUUACACCCGCUUUCAAACACUGGAACUGGAGAAAGAGUUUCACUUCAAUCACUAUCUGACCCGCCGAAGAAGAAUCGAAAUUGCACAUGCCCUAUGCCUAACCGAACGACAGAUUAAAAUUUGGUUCCAAAAUCGUCGGAUGAAACUGAAGAAGGAACUGCGGGCUGUGAAAGAAAUUAACGAACAGGCACGGCGUGAACGCGAAGAACAGGACAAAAUGAAAAAUGAAUCUUUAAAAUCCGCCCAGCAACAUCACAGUCAGAAACAGCAGGAACAGACGAUCGUCGGUUCCCAACAGUCCAGUGGAGGUGGCAGUGCGAGCCUCGGAAGUCAUCUGCAUCAUCCGUCGAUAGUGGCACAGAACGAUUUGAAGCUGGGUCUCGGCAGCAUGGGCGUCGGCGUUGGAGGGAAUCUCAGUAUGAUGGGAGGUCUGGAUAAUAAAACGAAUCAGGAUAUACUAAAAGCAGUGAUGCAACAUAACAAAAGCGCAAACCUGAGUACUAGAGACAUCGUUGGUUCAAUUUAACCGAGAACGUAAAUAGGUCACAACACAAAACACACCGACAUACGUAAUGCACACAAAAAAUACUGAAUUGUAGAUGUACUCAACAUAAGGAAGGAAAAAUAAUGUAAAAUCGGCUAAUAACUGCUACGACGAUGCCAGCACAACCCGAAACUGAAUCGUGAUCUAAGGGCUACUUGUGACUGAGAGUGAACAAGAACUAUUGGAAAUUGCAGCUACCCGAGUGCAUGGAGAGUUCGUCAAAGAAAAAUAAAAGUCUAUUUUCUAAGAUGGAAAAAAUCAGAAAAAAAGUAAAAGUAAUAACAAAUAUACGUACUAGUGCUAAGGAUUUUUUUUUUCUACAAAACCUAAACAUGAUUUGUAAUCAUAUAUAAAAAUUAUACACUUGCAAGUGAACGUGAAUAGUUGAAGCGAUAAAUGUCAACGAGUAAACCCAAACUCCUUGGUUCGAUAUUAUCGCCUUUUACCUCGUUCAAAGUGAAAGUGCUAAACAAAACAAAAAUAAAACUGUGUUAGGUAAUGUUUAGUUAUGUAAAAUGGACGUACUCAUUAACUAUAGCAUUUCGUUCUUUAAGGAUUCGAUGUAAAGGUACAAUAUCCACAGUCUAGCGUGCAGUUUUUCAAUCCUUGCCGACUGCACCAGGACUGGGUUAAAUACGUAAUUAAAAUUAUCCACAACUAAUCAAAUUAAACAAGAAAAAAAAACAACAAAAACAGUAACCGAAAAUCUGUCCAGUGGUUAGAAUUAAUGCUAGAAUAAAAGAAAAGUUUCCACAGUAAACUACUAUUCAAGAUAACUUCGUCAUUUUGCCAGUGUCGGACUGAUCCUUAGGCAUUUUAUUUCCUUUUGUUGAACUUCGCUUGUGUAAAUUUGUUACUAUUAUAUAUUAACAGGACUUUGAUCGUAAGUUUAGUUAGCAUGAUGGCGAAAUCAUUAAAUAAAUUUCCUAUUUCUAAUGCAAAUAUUUUGUUUUUUUUUUAUUAUUUGAGAUUUUAGAACGAUUUGAGGAACGAUUUUAUUAUGAUAGUAGAAUAUGUUGUCUUCCAUUCGACUGUACGGUUUUGAAUCGCCUUUCCCAGGCUAUCUCUACGAGCAGUGCCGAACGCUUCGCUCGUUGCACUCGAAGCGCUUGUUAACCAGUUUCAUUCGCAUAUCAAGUGACCCAGUUUUCGUUUGCCCUUGUUGCAGCUUGUACUCACAGAAAAUCGCAAAAAAAACAUAUUUAUAGUUCCUCAAAUCAAUUAACUCGAUUUAAUUUGUUAAUAUAUUCCUCGUUUCUCGUAGAAUCGACGAGACAAUGUUCGUUCAAAAAAUCAUAAUCUAUACCAUUACCUCCAGCCAGCGAGAAAAAAAAGUGAAACGGUUUUAUUUAUUGCAAAAUAAAAACUCAGUUUCCUCAUAUUUUCCCAAGAAACCUGUAAAUAUUGCUUGAAUAUUGUCACAAUAAAAAAACAGAAAAUGAAAUACGUAAAAAUAGUCAGGGUGGAAUAGACAGCAAAAUAUAAAGAAGCUCAUUCCAUCGUCUGAAAAUAGUUCGCAUGACACUUGGAAAUCUUGCCAUAGAAAGAAAAGGAACAACUUAAUGUUAUGAUCUCACCAAAAUUGAAAUAAAAAAAAAUCUCAAAUCAAAAGUUUGGACAUUCGUUAAGCAAGCUCUCGAAAGCAAAACGUAAAAAAAUGCUGUAAUAAGCUAUACCGUGUAAUACGUAAUAACUGGUGAAUAAAAUGAAGCAUUUUAAAAAGCUUGUACUUCUUUAACACGUUGUAAAUUAUAACAAUUACUAAUGAUAUUAAUUUAAUAGAUCUAUAACAAUGCAAAAAAAACUAAGCCCCCAUUGAUGUUAAUAUGGAAAGUAAACGGAGUGGCAUUCAAUUAAUGCGUCACCGCUGGGUAUAACCGGAUCGAAAGAUUGACCGUUAUGUAGUUCACUACAGUUUGUAAUGCAGUAUUGCUGGUGGGGUUAAAACCGAUAAAGAACAAAAGUUGUAUUGCAUUUAAAAUGUGUGUAAACAUAUGGAAAUGACGUAAUUAAUACUUAAUGCAGCGACCGCAACACAAGAAGCAGUGUAAAAGUAAUUUACAAAAAUAAGGCAAUAUGAAUACAGAUCGGCUAGUUUGAACUUUUGACAGAACGAGAAAUCGAAAAUUAAGCACUAUACAUAUUUAUUUAUUGCUCUUGCAGAAGGAUUGAAGCAAACAAAACCCUACAAUUUAAUUAUGCGGAUAAUCCGUGAAUGAGAAAAAUGACAUAUGAAUAUGAAUUAUGGAAAUAAUAA